AUGAAGAGUUACUUCCAAAUUAAUGAAUCAAUUUCAUAAACAGAAAAGAUUAUCUUGCCAGAUGAUACUCCUAUGAGGAAUAGACCUAACACUAUAACAACUAUGAAAACAACCUGGCUCACUUUUCUUCCAUAUGCUUUUAUCAAACAAAUUACGCAACCUGCUAAUAUCUAUUUCAUUGUCAUUGGUAUAUUACAAAUAAUACCUGUCACUUCUUAUACAAAUGGUGUGCCUGUUAUUUAUGGUCCUUUGUCAAUGAUGAUUAGUAUUAGUAUAAUUAAAGAUGCCUUUGAAGAAUAUUCUAGGUAAGACUCUAAUUAAAGUAGAUAUAAAUCUGAUUAGGAAGAGAAUAAUCGUAAAUCGCACAAAUACUUUGAAAAUUAGUUUAUAUAGUGCAAUUGGAAGAACAUCUAUCAAGCAGACAUUAUCAUGGUGAUGGAAAAUGAAAGUAUUCCUUGCGACAUCUUAAUAUUGUCAUCGAGUUAUUAAGGAGGCAUAGCAUAUGUGGAGACAAAGCAAAUAGAUGGCGAAACAAACUUAAAGCAAAAAUAUUCAAUUUACGAUUUAUAACAAAAAUAUCACAUUGACAAUGCAAUAAACUUUGUAUUUAUAUAGUAAUUAAACAGAAGAAAAAAGAUAACAGUGUUAAAUUCGUAUACGAUUAGAAGAACCCAAUACUCUAUAAACUAUCAGGAACGUAUCAAAUUAGUAAUUCUGAAGUAAAUUCAUUGAACUAUGGUAACUUUAUUGAAAGAGAUUGUAUAUUGAAAAACACAGAAUGGAUAAUAGGUUUGUGUAUUUACAGUGGUAUGGAUUGUAAAAUAAUGUUGAACAGCUCUUAAGAAAGAACCAAACGAAGUAGAUUGGAAUAAUAUAUGAGAAUAUGUAUUAUGUCCAUAUCCAUCAGUUUGGCAUUGUUUUGUAUAAUGGCAUCGAUCUAUGAAUUCCUAUGGACUAACAAUCAUCUUAAUUACUCAUAUUUGGGACUUUCGAAAGACAAUGUAUUUGUAGAUCUUGGAUUAUGGUUUUCGUUGCUUUCAUAUUUUAUACCCAUAUCUUUGGUUGUCAAUGUGGAAUUAGUCAAAUUUGGACAAGCCAAAAUGUUAGAAUCAGACAAGGUGAUGCCCAAUUCAAAGUCACACUAAUCUAAUUUGAUUGAAUAAUUAGGAGAAAUCAAUAUUGUUUUUACUGAUAAAACAGGUACAUUAACCAAAAAUUCUAUGCAGUUUAGAGAACUAUUUGCUUAAAAUGAAAAAGAAGCCUUAUUGUGUUUGAGUUUAUGUCAUUCUGUUGUAAAAUCAAAAAAUAAAUUGAUAGGAUCAUCUCCUGAUGAAUUAGCAAUAUUAGAUUAUUGUGAAUAAAAAGGGUAUGUAUUUUAAGGCAUCGAUAAUAAUAAUAAUCUUACCAUAAACUAAACUCAUUUCCAUAGAGUAAUGAGUUUUGAUUUUAGCAGUGAAAAAAAGAGAAUGACCAUCGUUGUCAAAACUGGGAAUGAAUAUAUUUUAUUUUGCAAAGGCGCUGAUGAAGUAUUACUUGAAUUAAUAGGAGAAUGCAAACACUAGCAAGUCAUCCAUCAAUUUGCAAUCAAAGGAUACAGAACCUUAAUGUUGGGUAGAAAGACAUUUAAAUAAAAUGAGAUUGACUUUUAUUUGGCAGAGUAUAUAACACUUUAUUAAAAUUAUAGUUACAAAAAGGCUUAAGAGGAUAAAGAUGAAGAGAUGAUGAACAAAUUACAAAAGACUUUGGAAUCCAAUUUAGAGUUUCUAGGAAUUACUGCUGUUGAAGACUUGUUAGCUGAUGAUGUUGGAUAAACUAUUUAAGAAUUAAAGUCUGCAGGAAUAAAGGUUUGGGUUCUAACAGGUGAUAAAGUUGAAACUGCAAUUGCAAUAGGAUACUCUUGCAAUCUGAUUGACAGCAAUGAUAUGCUCUAAGUAGUUACGGAAACAACAGUUGGGAGCAUAGAGGAAGUAUUUUUGCAUUAUUGUAAUGAGUCAGCUAAUAUUGCAUUGGUGAUUAGCGGAUAAGCAUUAUCAGUAAUGUUAGAUAAUCCAUAACUUAAAUCAAUGCUACUAAAAAGAGCGUUCUAUGCCAAGGUUGUCAUAGUGGCCAGAGUAUCUCCAAAACAAAAGCAAUAAGUAGUAGCUUUAGUUAAAGAGUAUCUCCCAAAGGCUUACACUUUGGCUAUUGGUGAUGGAGCCAAUGACGUUUCCAUGAUUAAUGAGGUAAAUUCGAUCAUCUCUAUUAAGGCCCAUGUCGGAGUUGGAAUUUAAGGAGUUGAAGGCACUCAAGCUGCCAGAGCUGCAGACUUUGCCAUCUAAGAAUUCAAACAUCUUAAACGAUUAAUGUUUUAUUAUGGGGUUGAGUGUUCCAGAAGAAAUGCGCUUACGAUUCUAUACAUAUUUUUUAAGAACUAGGUUUUCAUCACUCCUUACUUUUGGUUUGGAUUCCUCAAUGGCUUUAGUGGGCAAUACUUAUACGACCAAUGGCUCUCUUAACUAUUUAACACUGUCUUUGCUUCUCUGCCUUAGGUGCUCUAUGCUCUCUUUGAUGAAAUGCACCCUUCUUCUGAAUACUUAUAAUGGAGCAAGACAUCACAUAAUUUACUUGAAGAUAAACCUGAUGUCUAUGUCUAGUUUAGAUAAUAACCAAUUUUUACUAUUAUUAAGUUCUGGCUUUGGGUUUUCAAUGGAAUGAUUCAAGGCUUGAUCAUAUUUCUAGUCUGCACAUUUUCAACAGAGAACUAAAACAUGGACAACGGUAUGACAAUGGAAUUUUUUGAAGAUGGAGUAUUUAUAUAUGGAAUCAUCAUUCUUCUUGUUAAUCUUAAGGUACUCACUUUUACAUAUACAAAUUACAACUUCACUAUAUUUUUCAUUGUACUAUCAAUUCUUGUUUAUUGGCUAAUCUUGAUUUUAGUGAACGAUUAUGAGUUGUCUCCCUCAUUUAACUUUUACAGAUAUCUUGUCUCGUAUUUAUUUCAUUCAAUAUUCUAGACCAUAACUCUAUUUAGCUCUAGCUCUAACUUGUAUGCUAUUUUUAUUCGAUUUGGCGAUUGAGAGAUUUUAUGAUUUUUAGAUCUACGUUCGAAAACCAGAAUCAAUAGAAUUAGUUUGA